AUGAAUAAUUUGGGCUGCCGCGCCCCCACUGCUGGGCGCCGCAGCGCGGCGAGCGGCUGGGCGCGUCGGUGGUGGGGGUUGUUGUCCGUCGCGGUGCAAGUGGCCGUGGCCGAGAUUGCCUUGGGCCCGACCGCGGCAGGACUGCAGCCCGCCGGCUUUAGCGCGGUGCCUGCUCUGGAGGCCGUCUUGGCACUGGCUGACUGCGCUGGGCCCGGCCUUCCGCCGCUGCGGCCUUCGACCCGCGAGACUUUCCUGGCGGCGGAAACAAGCGUGUGGAAAAACAAAUAG